GCAAAUUACUGAAGCUUUUACUUUAUCUUUUUGACUUUGUUCAGCUGGAAGCAUUUUUCAUAAUAUGGAGAACAAUAAUAAAGUGGAAUAUUGGGUAAAAGCACUUCAGUCUCUUGUGGGAGAGCGAAAUGAAUUACUGCGGAAUUUCGCCGACUUUAAAAAUGGACUAAUUGUCAUUGAAUCAUUUAUGCGCGAUUUUAAUGAACAGGAGACAAAUCUCGCAAUAGUUCUUCGUUCCAGAGACCAGGAGAUCAAAAAACUGAAGGAAGAAAUAGAAAAACUAAAAGCUACAUUAUCUACGCUACCCAAAAUAAAUGAUUGCUCAGAAUUGGGACCAGAAUGUCAGCAUUUCAAGUCAAGACAACCAAUUAAACCGUUUGAGCAAGCACCCAAAAAUCAAAGUUGCCUUCAGUUGAUAUCUAGUUUCAUCAAGGAGCAGAUGACAUCUCUCUCGGCAAUUCAGGAGAUGGUGGACGAAAAAAUGCAAGAGGAACAAUCCAACAAGGAUAAAUUGCUUCAGAAAUUAGCAGAAUAUGAGCAACGAGAGGAGCUUCAUGUGGAGCAAAUGUCCAAAUUGCGCCUGCUACUUAUAAGUAAAAUGCAGGCGAAGAAUAAGGGCUUUCUAGAGCUGAGACAUUCCAUGCAACUGCUGAAGGACGAAUAUGAAAAUAGUAGGGCCUGCUCCAUAUGUUGGGACACGAUCAAGCCUUCUGGAAGUCAUCGUGCGGUCUCAUUGCUAUGUGGACAUCUUUUUGGCGAGAGAUGCAUUCGCUUCAGUCUGCUCAGUUCGCUUGAGUGUCCCCAGUGCAGGGCACCCGCCCAUGAAAGGGAUGUGCACAAUAUCUAUGGCUUUCCAGCCUAAUCUCAUACCAUGACAAAUAAGUAUAUUUAUUUGAUUUUUUUCCUAAUAA